GGCAACAGAACUAUUAAAGCACAGACAGAGACCAUAAAAUUGAUUCAGAACAUUCCAAACAUUCAGUCCAGAAAAAUGGAUACUUCCAUUUUGACAUCAACCCUGUUCAUGACUAUCUUCUUGAUGAUCUUUUCCUGUGAUUCUUCAACAUUUCCAAUAGUAAAAUCCGGCUGCGAAGACCAGGCCUAUUGUGGGAAUGUAAGCCUUCCAUUUCCAUUUGGCACGAGAAAAGAUUGCUACCUCAACGAGAAAUUCAUGAUCCAAUGCCGGAACUCUACCGAUGGUGUCAGCCACCCAACAAAGCCUUUUCUGGGUGACGGAAAUCUCGACGUCAUGAACAUAACGUUGGAUGGUCACUUCCGUGUUUUCUUCGAUGUGGGAUAUGAUUGUUAUGAUCCAAACAAUGCUACAUUCAAUGAAUACUCCAGCCCAAAUAUGAUAGUUUCAGAGAACUUUUUCUUCAAUAGUUCGGCGAAUAAGUUCACGGCAAUCGGUUGUGAUUUCUCAGCCACGGUUGAAGGUGAGAGUAAAGCACAUAAUUACACCACCGGAUGUAAAUCUCUGUGUUACAGUGAGGAAGAUGUGAUUGGAGAUUCUUGUUCGGGUAUUGGAUGUUGCCAAACAUCCAUACCUAAUGGUGCUUGGAAGAUCAAUAUCACGCUGGAGACCUUAAGAAACCACACCCGAAUCGCCAACUUCAAUCCUUGCAGUUACUCUUUUGUGGUUGAAGAAGCGAGAUUUAACUUCUCAGCUGAUAAUCUCACCAAUAUAGACAAGAGUUCGAGUGUGCCUGUUCUUGUGGAUUGGGUCGUAGCAGAAGGCGUGAAAUGCGAAGAAGCGAAGCAGAACACGAGUUCUUACGCUUGCAAGUCGGCUUAUAGUGUUUGUGAAGACCAGAAAGGAGAUAUAGGUUAUCGAUGCCGGUGUAAGGACGGUUUUGAGGGGAACCCGUAUCUUUCUGUUAAUGGUUGUCGAGAUAUUAAUGAAUGUGAAAAACCAUCACUUCACAACUGCCAGAAACACAGUUCUUGUCGGAACACUGCCGGAAAUUACACUUGCCAGUGUGAUCAUGGGUACCAUGGUGAUGGGAGAAAAGAUGAAGGAUGCACUGCUAGGAGAAAUCAAUGGCCAGUGAUCGGAGUAAGCUCAGGCAGCGCAACUUUGUUGUUGUUCUCCUUCUUAUUGUACUACAAAUUGAUGAAAAGAAAGGAAAAAAAACUCAGGGAAGAGUUCUUUGAAAAGAAUGGUGGACUAAUUCUACAGGAAAGGCUGCUAGCCGGGAAAAGUGGUUUCAGCAACAACAACAACAACAAUGCAACCCGAAUUUUCACAGUGAAGGAAUUACAGAAGGCAACUAAUGAUUUUAACGAAAGCAAUAUCAUCGGCCGAGGAGGAUUUGGGAUAGUUUUCAAGGGAGAAUUGACGGGCAACAAGAAGGUGGCUAUUAAGAAAUCCAGGGGAGUGGAUGAACGCCAGGUUGAGCUAUUCAUUAAUGAGGUGAUUAUUCUCUCCCAAAUCAACAAUAGAAAUGUGGUAAAAUUACUAGGUUGUUGUCUGGAAACCGAAGUGCCAUUGCUGGUAUAUGAGUUCAUAGACAAUGGAACACUUUCUGAGCAUUUAAGUGAUAAAAUCAAAGCCUCGAAACUUUCUUGGGAUAUUCGUCUGAGAAUCGCGACAGAAGUUGCCGGGGUGCUCUCAUAUUUGCACUCUGUUGCUUCACCUCCUAUUAUCCACAGAGACAUAAAGUCAGCCAAUAUCCUAUUGGAUCAGAAUUACACAGCAAAAGUAGCCGAUUUUGGGAUAUCAAGAUUGCUUCCGAUGGGAGAUAGUCAAGUUUCGACGAUGGUGCAGGGGACACACGGGUAUUUAGACCCUGAGUACCUACAAACAGGAUUGUUAACUGAGAAGAGCGAUGUUUACAGUUUUGGGAUCGUCCUGGUAGAGAUUUUGACAGGAAGGAAAGUGUUGGCAUCGGAUGGGCCGGAAACUGAGAAAUUCUUACCAAAUUAUUUCCUUUCUUCUGUAAAGAGUGGCGAGUUGGGUAGAGUUUUUGAUGGUAACGUGAACAACAGUGAAAAUGUUGAGCUACUAAAAGAAGUUGCUAUAGUGGCUGAAAAAUGUGUCAGUGUCAAAGGAGAAGAUAGGCCUUAUAUGAAAGAUGUGGCAAGGGAACUUGAAGCUCUUAGAAUCACAACUCAGGAGUUUAUAUCUCAAGCUUUGGAUGUUAUUGAUUCACCAGAGAAUGAAGCCUUGCUUGGAAUAAACUCAAUCAAAUUCGCAACAACAGAUAGUGAGAGAUGAGUCAACUAUCAAAUGGUUGUAUAUUUUUUUGGUUUGUACAAUAGUAAUUUAAACAAUUAAGUUUGGCAAGAAAUUCACAGAUUUUGUGGUUGCGAGCUGAUUUUGUUAUACCUGACUUCAGUCAUUCAUACAAAUCAUAUACAGUUUUAUGAUCAUGAUAAAGGGA